AUGGCGGCAAGAAAGUACAGUCGGGGUGAAGACCGCACGGUGCUUAGCACGACUCAAACAUUCUUCUCACCAAAUGUCCGGCCAGGUCGCUCCUCAUCACCAACUUCAAACAAUUCUCGAGUUUCGAGCAUCACAAAUCAAUCAACCAAGAGCGCUCAAGUCACAACAAGACUUGCGAACCAUGAACAGGACCAAAAGGCGACAGAGACAGGAUGGAUUCCAUAUACACUUCGUUCCGUCUACCUCGGGCUGCUAAGCGUUGUGACAUUCAGUCUAGGUCUUGUCACUUUCCUACUGUGGUGGAAGUCUUCAGAGAACUUGGGAGUUGGGUCUGAUAACGGAUCAUCCAUGACACUUUUUGGUUGGCGAUAUAGUCCGACCGCGGUCACCGUGCUCUGGAUUCAAUUGGUCACAAUGCUCUUCGAUGAUGUGAAAAGAACCGAGCCCUUUGCUCGCCUUGCUCGACCAGAAGGUGCAACAGCUUCAGCAAGCAUCUUGGAGAUCUCAAGCCCAUGGUGGGUCACUUUGUACAGUGGAUUCGCGAAGAAAAAGUAUGGCCAUCGGAGCUGGGUAUUAGUGUGUGUAUCGAUAGUCAAUGUCCUUGGGUUUCUCGCGAUUUCACCAUUGUCAUCUGCUUUCCUCAACUCUCAAGAAAUGAUUGUGCCCCGGACGGUCGACUUCUUCCGCUUUUCUCCGACGUCAACUUCGCCGCUGCCAAUUGAUGCAGACCAGACAGUACACUUCCGCACCAUUGCCAAUCUACUGCAGAAUGUGUCUACCUCGCCGUGGAUCACAGAUAACUACACCAUACUCCCAUUUUGGCCAGCUGAUCUCAAGGCUGAGGCGAUCACCUCCCUGCCCGUCAACAAACAUCAGAGUUGGACAGCAGAUACCAUGAUGUUCGCCAGUAGGCUCACUUGUGAGGAGAUGAAGAUUGUGGGCCAAAGUGUCGACGGAAGCACCGCAAAUCAACGCAAUGUGUCAAUCACAUGGUCAUCCUCGGAUGGAUGUAAGUAUGGACUCUCGGUAUCGUCGGACUUUUUCACCACGGGCGGGGCUAGUUGGUCUAAUACGUCAACUUUCUUCUACUCCCUCGAGACGCUUCUGAUGGAUGCGAAGCUAUCGUGGAUUAAUUCAAGUGUGUCGUGUGGAAACCGGGAGCUUAUCGUCGCAACUGAGCCAUGGCCCUCAUUGUCAAAACCUGGCAAACAUAUCGCUCAAAUUUGCAGCACGGAAUACUUCAUGGCCAACGUUUCGGUUACUGUCACACUCAAUGGAGAACAAUCGGAGAUCUCCUUCAACGAAACAGAAUUCGAGCGUCGCAAAACUUCAAUACCCCACAAUAUUGUCAACGUUACGCUAUUCCAGGACAUGACCCUGACCUCAGAAUGGAACGCUUACAUGAUCUCGUCCAACUCAUUGAUGGGAGGUGCUUCUGUGAUUCUCGGUGCUCUAUACGACUAUAAUAUGACUAGCCUUGUCAAUGACCCAAGAUUGGCGAGGUCUGCCGCAAUGGCAAAGCAGCGUUUCUUUGGUGAAGCUUUACAGUCGGCCCUUCGCCAAGACAACGCAGCUACAAAGUUCCGAAUGAAUGCUGAAAUUCGGGCUGUUGAGCAGCGAGUCAUAGUUCAAGAGGGUCCAGCAAUUGCCAUGGGCUCUCUUUUCGGCAUCUGCUGCUUGCUCUUACUUGUCGUCUGGAGGUCCUCACGCCUGAGCCGCAGGCCACUGAAUCUGGAUAGAGAUCCGGCAACCAUCGUCGGAAGUGCCUCUCUUGUCGCUCAAAGUCCACGGACAAGGUCCGGGUUUCAAUCACUGAGACAGCCAACAACCGAUGAUUUACAAAAGAGACUUGGCAAUGAACGCUACUACACGGACUUCCGAGGACUGUCCAAGACCAAUCCUGAUCUGCUGACAAGCGACGAGCCGAUGCAGUCAAAAAGUGGCACACCGACACUACUUCGUCUACCUGCACUUCUAGGCAUGAUCGUCGCAUUGAUACUUAUCAUUGCUGGUGUCUGCGUGCUAUUUCAUUACGCUGGAGCUUCGGACUUGUAUCAAAAUGCGUUUAUCUAUCAUUUCAACGUUUCAUUUCCCGGUGCCAGCAUUUCUUCGAUCGCGCCCUUCUCGAUGAUUCCAACGAUCUUGGCCAUUGGGGUUGGACUCUGGUGGAGUGCUAUCGACGAAACUUUUCGUCGACUUCAACCCUACAUAUCUAUGGCAAAACGUGACCAAUCUUUCAGACGUGGCGUUUCUCUCUCCUAUCAGUCCUCAUACUGGUUCUGGGCAGCCUCCAAAGCAGCGCAUAACAGACACUGGCUGCUUCUUUUGGUAGCUCUCGGAUCUACACUCUCUCCUAUAUACACAACUGCCAUGUCCGCUUUGUUCAAUCAGGGCACAGGCGUGCUUGUCACGCCGAUCGAUUUGAACCGUACUCUUGAAGUACGUCGAAUUCCACACAUCUACGAGACCAAGCAAUCAAUGUACCCUGGUGCAGCAAUGGACUAUCCUACCGCCGUGCUCCAGAGUCUGUACCAAAAUCUCUCGUCGUACUAUAUGUACACUGCAACUGUCCAGUUGGCUCUCAACGGGUCUGAACCAGCUUGGAGUAAAGAUGGAUGGAGCUUUGUGCCGUUGGACAUUAAAUCCAUCUCUUCUCCGGAAUUGCUUGCGAAGCUCGGCGCAAGCCAUUCUGACAUGCCUUCAUCUAUACCUCAGGUGAACAUCACCUUCACGACACCUGCCAUUCGAGGUCGCAUCGAAUGCAGUGCACCUCCUGCACGUGUGUUUGCGAAUCUCACUUCUUGGACCACGUCUACAGAUCUUUCCAAUCACACUGUGUGGAAUAAAAGCACGAUUCCUGAUGGAGUCAAGGGGGUUACCAAUUGGGGUAGCGUUGCAAUCGGUUAUUGGUCUCCCAACGAUGCACUCGACUACUUCUCACCUGUAUCGUGGCAGCGAAACUUCACAGCAAAAUGGUUUUACGGGAACGCGGUGACAGGCAUCAAGUCGAAUAAGAACAAGCUCCUCGGCCAGCCCGAUGCUGGUCCGUUGUUCCUCUCUCCGCCUUCGCUCUCUUUUUUCAAUUGUGAGCCUAUUGUCGAGACUGCCAGUGCCAGUAUCACUGUCGACCCCUCAAGCGGGGCGAUUCAGUCCUUUGUCAUCCAAGACACUCCCAGGGUCGCUAAAGAUGCCUUUGACGACAACUUCCUUGCUCACAACGGUUCUGUCACCGAUCUUCGUGCUGGUUACAGUACGUUCAAUGUGACGAUCAGCUACGGCCAUGUUUUCAUGAGUACAUUGUUGACUUCGGCCGAUCUUCAACGAUCAUCAGGGGUCUCACACACCAUUGGCUACAAUGUGGAGAGCCUGGAUGAUAAUACUUUCAAUAUUCGUGACGAGAUGCAUGGCCUCAAUAUGGAUUUCAUGUCCUAUUCGAUGUACUCGAUGGCGAACAAAGACCCACAGGCUCUCCUCGACCCAAAAACAUUCGUUAGACUCGCUCAAAAAUCAUUCACUACCUUUUUCCAGCAUUUCGUCAGCAAUAACAUCUCCAUGGCCAACGGAGGCUGGGCCUACCAAACGAUCAAUGCUAGUUUGCCUUCUGAUCUCACUCCGGCUGUUGAAUACGUCAACGGAUACGCUGCCGGUGCCGUGGCAACUGCAUAUCAGGAUGUCAUUCAUCCCAUCUCGCAAACAAACAGAACAGUUUCGAUCAAAGUGGCCCAGCGUGUCCAGCUACUCCAGAUGAAUGCAAUCGCCGUCUGGCUCAGUGUCUCGAUUAUGGCCUGGCUGAUACUUACUACCCUGGUAGUAGCUAUUGUACAAAAACAAUACUUCGGCCGACUCGUCCGAGAUCUUGAAAGUCUCGCCGAUGUUCUUGUGCUCAUUGCCGGUAGUGCAAACCUGCUGGAGGUGGUUAGGGCUAUCGAAGCGGGCCUCAUACCUCCGGAUCAGUAUGAGAAGCUGCGCACACGGCUGGGUUGGUUCAUGGAUGAAGAUGGGGAAUUGAGAUGGGGCGUGGAGCUGGUGAGCGCAUUUGGCGACGGACCACAAGUCGAAUGGAUCGCCACGCCGUACUUUUCAAAGAAAGGCACGAAGACAUGGGGUCUAUCGGAUGAGAAUGUUCAAUCUUGA